AUGUCGCAGCAGAGAAGAUUGUGCGGAAUGCACCUGACCACCCUGGGACUGAUUGCAGCCCUUCUUUACCUGAUCGAUAUGUCGCUGGCUGCGCUUGAGGGCUACGUUCCAGGUGAAGACUACCCCGACUUUCAAGAGGUGCCCAAGGGUCUGUCAUUCAACUGCAAUGACAAGAUACCCGGAUAUUACGCUGAUCCCGAAACUAAUUGCCAGGUUUGGCAUUGGUGUGUGCCAAGCAUCGGUGGCAACGUGAUGUAUUCGUUCCUGUGCGCGGCUGGCACCGUUUUCAACCAGAGGACCAGGGUCUGCGAUUGGUUCUUCAAGGUGGAUUGUCAGACCUCUCCAGCAUACUACGGCGUCAACGAAGACCUUUAUAAGGAUGAAGCGGGCAACUACAUUGCCGGGAAAAAG